CCUGAACCAAGACGACCAUGUCGUCGAGCACGGCGUUCCAGACGUUCUCCAUCGAGAACGACGUCCUCAGUGUCCCGCCACAAGACGCGAUAUGGAAGUUUGACGCCGACGAGAACCGCAAGAUCAACCGCGAAGCGCCAUGGUCGAAAGACCCGCACUACUUCAAGCUAUGCAAAAUCUCUGCUGUGGCACUGAUCAAGAUGGUCAUCCACGCACGAUCAGGCGUCCCGCACGAGAUCAUGGGCUUGAUGCAGGGCAAGGUCAUGGGCACGACCCUGGUGAUCAUGGACUCGUUUGCGCUACCUGUGCAAGGGACGGAGACGCGUGUAAACGCCGCGAACGAGGCGAACGAGUACAUGGUGGAGUACAUCCAGGGUAGCGAGAAGGCUCAAAGACAAGAGAACGCGAUCGGCUGGUACCACUCGCAUCCGGGGUACGGCUGCUGGCUGUCUGGCAUCGACGUGAACACGCAGAUGAACAACCAGAAGUUCCAAGACCCCUUUGUCGCCGUCGUGAUCGACCCCAACCGUACCAUCUCUGCCGGCAAGGUCGACAUUGGCGCCUUCCGAACGUACCCUGAGAACUACACGCCACCAAACGCUGCCGCCUCCGAGUACCAGUCCAUCCCUCUGAACAAGAUCGAGGACUUUGGCGCGUACGCGAAUCAGUACUACCAGAUCGACGUGGAGAUCUUCAAGAGCAGCCUGGACGAUGAGCUCCUCGGCUUACUAUGGAAUAAGUACUGGGUGAACACGCUCAGUCAGAGUCCUCUGAUAUCGAACAAAGCUUACGCGGUCUCCCAACUCGCGGAUCUGCACCAGAAGCUGUCGAAGGCGCAGACGGCAGUCGCAGGGACCCGCGCCAUGGCCCCCGUCAUCAAGGGCGCGGAUCACAAGGGCAAGGAGAAGGAAGAGAAGAAGCGGGAGGACAACCAGCUGGCAAAGAGCGUGAAGGACAGCACGAAGAUCGCCGUCGAGGCCCAGCAUGGCCUCAUCUCGCAGAUCAUCAAGGACGUCGUGUUCUCGAUGCGCCCACGGCCCGGGACAGAGGCAGCGCCGACAGCAGCGCCACUAGCGAGCGUCGUCGACACGAGCAUGAAUGUCGAUGCCUGACCUGUUGGUGCGCCGCUGCCUGUCGUUGUAGCAUAACUUCCUUGUAUUCCUUGCUGUUGCCCUACACUGUACUAAUAACACUCACUCCCUAUCGGAUUGCCAGAG